UAAUGAGCUUAAUAGUACGACAAAGAGUAGGGAUGCAUGAUGAAUCCGUUACUUAAUCAUUCUAAUCUAAGAAUAUAAAAAAAAAAAGUAAGGUUUUUUAUAAACUUAGAACCUUAAACAAGGAAACGUAAGGCAACUAAAUAACUUAUAUGUUUAGUUUCAGUACCUAAACCAUUUAAAGAACAUGUUUAUAUAAAGUCCAAUGUAGAACUGAAAUUAGCUCUCUCUUAUAUACCAGACCAUUGUUUAGGUGGUUUAAAAGAAACACCAUGUACUUAUAAUUAUAGAGUCUCACGAACUGACUAACUUGAUGAUGUCUAUUUCUACACUCUUGAAUUACUUGACUAAGCCAAUUAUUCAAUUGAUUAAAUUACUCAACUGCUUUCUCACUAAUCUGAUCCUCAUGCUAUCAAAGCAGCUUAAUUAGUAUUAGAACGACAUAAAAUUCUUUAAGAAUUUACUUAAUAAACCUAUAUUUCAAAUGAAGAUUUACUACAUGUAGAAAAUAUAGCCUAAGAAUAUCCUUAUUAAUGUACAAUCUAAAAGGUUAAUAAAGAUUCUAGUUCUUUAUCAUAAAGAAUAGUUAAUGAAUAAUUCUACACACUUAUGGGAGUAAGUAGAGAAAUGAUGUUAAAUCAUUUACAUGAAACUAAAACACUUCCAUCUAUUUUUGAUCUUGGACCUUCACUUUAAUUAUGGUGUGAUUUGUCUGCCAAUUCAAUUUAAUCAUUUCGUUCCUUUGAAACCUACAUUAACACAUAUGAAGGUGCUCAAUACAAAUGUACUGUUGAAUAAAUGCAAAUGUUCAAAAGAACAUAAGUCAAUCCAAAUCAAAUUGUCUUCAUCGAAUUUUGGCUCUUUAAAAUUGAUGAACCACUCAAAUCCUUUCUCAUGAAUCCUUAACGCAUAUACAAGAAUCAAAUUGAUUACUUUAAUAAGAAAAACACACAACAAGAAUAUGAAGCUUUCCAAUAAUCAAUGAAUUAUAAGCAAACCCCUUUAUAUAAAAACAAGAACCCUUGUGGAUAUAAAGAAUUAACCUGGAUUUGA